GAUAAUCCGCAGAAAAGUUUGUGAAGAUUUAAGGAGCUAUUCGCUGUUGUUAAUAUUAACGCAGUUGUUGUUGUUUUUUUAAAAGAACAAUUAAAUUAUUCUAUCUAAGUUAAAUCAAACUCAAAGCCAUGGAAGAAUACAGUACUACUGUGCGGAUAUCUGGAUUCGUUUUGAGUUCAUUAAUGUUUCAACACUUGAAUAGUGACUCUGAUGUUGAGGGACUCUUUCUUGGUGAGAGUGUAGGAGAGGAGAAGAGCAAAAUAACAGACUCUCAGACGGAUCACAUACAAUUUGUACACACAAUAAAUGUUCAAAAACACAUUACUUGCAGAAGGAUUCAUAGCUUCUACAAUAAUGCUUGUGAAGUAGACAAAGAGAAGAUUAGGCAAAUUCUGUCAAAUUACAGAGAGGAGAAUGUGAUUGGAUGGUACAGACAACGGAGAAACACCAGUCAGCAAAUGACUUUAAAAGAACAAUUGGUUCAUCAGAAUUUGAGAGAGCUCCUGCCAUAUCAGGAACUUAUUUUCUUGUUGCUGACGCCCUCUGAGGUGACUUUGUCAGGCUCCACUCACCGCCUGGAAUACACAGCCUUCAUAUGGCAUGGCAGGCAGUACAGUAGCAUCCCCAUCUCAAUAAGCAACUUGGGUAUGCUGGACCAGCAGGACUACUGGCGAGCCUCAGCCAUGUGCCCUUCUUUAAACCACUGUCAAGCUGUUAAAAAACACAGAGCCAAAUUCUUCUCUUCAGAUGAGGAUCUCAGAGAGGUGGAAAAAGUCAACAAUAUGAAUGAGGCCUUGUUGGAGGAAAUGAAGACUGCAUGUGAUAAAGUAGAAAGCAGUGAACGCUUAGUGGAGAAGCUACAGGCAGAGAUCACUGAGCUCAGAAAGGCCAUCAGUAAGCGGAAAGAAAAGGAUCAAGAGACUGACACCAAAGAAAGCCCUACUCCAAAAGAACCCAAGGAGAAUGUACUACUGUGUGCAGCUCUAAAAGCUCUUUUCCCAAAUAUGCCAUCGUUUCAGACGCAAACUCUGACCGUUCAGGGCUUCUCAGUAUUAGAGAUGUGCUGCAGCACUGACCAUGGCAUUGACAUUCCCACGAGACUGCCACUGGUACUGGAGUAUGAACAUGGCAUGAGGAAGAGGAAAAUGAGCAGAGGUUGUAGAGUAAAGGGGAAAUAUCAUCCCACUAGUAUUUCACACAGAAAUAAAAGGAAGCCCAUGACCGUGGAUACAAAUGAAUCAUUGUCAGAAAGCGGGACCGAAGAAGAGGUGGAAAUAACCAGCCAAUUUGACCGUAAUUCUCCAGUUUUUUAAAAAAAGGCUAGUGAUUACCUUGUUUGUGCUAUGUUUAGACAGCAGUAUGAGUGGACUACAUCAGAUUUGUUGUCUUAAAUGCUGUUGAGAUCAUUUGGUGAAAUGGUCAGUACAUUGUGUAUUUAACGAUUGUUAAAGGAACAUAUCAGCCAGAUAUAGAACAGGAAUCUCAUUAACAGCCUGCCUAAAGAAAUUAAUUAUUAAAACCUUACAAUAAGGAAAUCUUAGUAAUUUUGCUUUACCUUAUUUUUCCUAUGGUAAAUUUGGUUAACUUAUAAACCAAUGGUAGAGAAGUAAAUUAAUGCCAUGUUAUUGUUUUUCCUUUUCUUGAAUGUUUAGACAAUGUAACAAUGCACUGAAUGCAGCCAGCAAAAUGGCUUACAGUUUGAAAAGUAACAUUCAACAAAUAAAUUCCUGUGUCAAACAAAGA